AUGGUAGGGUGGAAAUACGAAGUAUUUGACUGCAGCGAAAACUACUACAUGUUUUUCUGGGCUUUAUGCAUCCCUUGCGGCUAUCAUUGUAUGCAAGUCUUCUCAGCAAAAUUGGCUGAGCCAAGUAAUAAAGAAGCUGCUUUUAGAGCUUGUACACUAGUAAUGCUUUUAGGGUGCUUUGGAGGUUCAAUAAAUCGAAAAUUGCUUCGAAAAGUCCUUAGAAUCCCAGAUAACCCGUUUAGCGAUUUUAUUCACGUUCUAAUGCCAUGCUGUGCAGCAACACAAGAAUGGAUGCAAGUUAUGAGCAUCCAGAAAGGAGAUCCAAAGGUAACAAUUACAAAAUUAAAGAAGAUUCGCUCUUAA